CGCCUCCUCCGGGGGAGGGGGGGCAGCCGCCCAGGGCGGGCAGGCGCAGGGCCGGGCUUGCUGCCCUCCUUUCGGGCCCUUCUGCUGCUGCUGCUGCUGCUGCUGCUGCUGCCAGAAACGCCGCCCUUGCCUCGGGCACCCGGGAGGCGGCGACGCGCCCUCUGCGCUGGAUGUCCCCCGCCCGGGAGCUGGAGGGGUGAGAGACCCGGCGGGAGGGUGAAGGGGGGGGGAUGAGAAACCUGCAAUGGCCGCAUCUCCCCCCUCCCCACAGCUUGCCCUUCUGUGUUUCUCCACAGGAGUUUGGACCUCCCUCUGCCCGGAACUGCUCUCCAGAGAGGCUAACAUGGCUGGCGUCUCCACAGCUCCUGAACUGACAGUCGUCCUCGUUGGCAAAACUGGAUCAGGAAAAAGCGCAACGGGAAACACCAUCCUGGGGAAGGAGAAAUUCACAUCUGAUUCCUCUUUUAGUGCAAUAACAACGCGUUGUGCAAAGGAGGAAGGUGAUUUUAAGGGGAGGAAAAUCUCCGUCGUGGACACUCCUGGCUAUUUUGAUCCUCAGGGUGACAACCGGGCUACUUCCAAGAUCAUCAGGGAUUCUGUCCCAGUCCUCAGCCCGGGAGUUCAUGCCAUCAUUCUGGUCUUGAAGCUGGACCGCUUCACCCCAGAAGAGAAGAAGGUCAUUGACGAAGUCGUGAAGAUUCUCAAAGUGAGAGCCAGGGACUACACCAUCCUCCUCUUCACCCGGAAGGAAGAAUUAAAGGGCAAAACUCUACACGAUAAGAUACACGAGGCACCCGAGGACCUCAAGGAGGUGCUUCGUUUCUGCGGAAACCGCUACCUGGCUUUCAACAACCAUGCGACAGGAGCCGAGAGGGAGGCCCAGGUGGCUGAGCUGAUCGAGCUGAUCGACAGGAUGAGAGAAGGCAACGGCGACGAGCCGUUAUACACCCCAGCGAUGUUUCAGCGGGACAGUUCAUGGUUUGACUGCUGUAACAUCCUGUAAGGCGGCCUCAGUACCGUGCACCUGACUGGCUGAAAAUGCGUCCCCAGCAAAAUCUCUGACAGGUUGCCCUUCGGGGGCAACACGCAG